UGCGAAGGGAAGGGAUUCCGUAGGCACAUAUUCUCGAAAUGUGGCUGGUUGAAUGAGCAGAUGGGAGGUACCCAUUAGCUACAGCUUCAAGCUCUCUAGGCGACGGGAACGAAGAAUCGCCAUGAUCUGUGUGAAGCAGGUUCCGACUGACAGCGGCGCUGUAUCGAGGGCGGGACGGAGGGGUUCUGAGCAGAGCCGGACGAAUGGCUCGGUGGUCACUCGCCGCGAGGACACCGUUGCUAGUGUGGUUGAGCAGGCAGGUGAGAUCGCUAGAAGACGGUGAUCUAGAGGGAAGGCCGCAAUGCUGCAGUUUUUCUCCACCCUCUCUAGGCUCACGCCGCAGCGCACGGAGGCUACUGUCCACCUUCCUCCUCCAUCUCCGCCAAUUCAUAGCCCACCCACACGACCUCCGAGCAGCUCGCACACGCUACAAGAUGCUGUCCCGCCUCCAACGUUUCCUCUGUGACGAUAUAGGUGCCCCCACAGCGACAGGAGUACGUCCACCUCGAGUCCGGCUCCUCGUCAAAGUCUUCGAGCGAGACGACUUGCGCGGGACGAGGACCAAGCUGCUUCCCGUUGACUCUUCGCAGCCUAUCGUACUCAGUCCGAAGCUCGGGUGUGCUGAGGGUACGGAAUGCUUCCUUGAGCAGGCCGAUGUCUAUGCCAUCUUCCGGGGUUCUAGAGGCGCGUUUGUCUGGAUGCGAAGCGAGAAGGCGGCGAUGGUACGCAGCCUUGAUCUCCGCGGAUGUCGCAGAAGGCGUGACAGAGAGGAGAGAGUAAUAGUCGUGCAUGCGAUGGCCUUGCAUCUCAGCACGACAGCGAGAGCAUCGAGGAGAUCGUUAUGGUCGUCGACAGACGCGUCCGAGUCAAUCUUGAGCGCACCUCGCGUGAGGAUUGCCGGGCCGGCGGUCCGAUGCAUGAGCGCCCCUGCUUUUCGCGUUUGUCGUGGGUGGCGGAGGGCCGGGCCCCCAGCGGCGACCAGAGCUUCCCCUCGGCCUGCCUCUCACAACGUACCCCUGCUCUCGGGCGCCAUGUCUCGUCGACAACAACACACCAUGAACUACCCAGCGGGCCCCAGCUCCGCCGUCGACACCGCUCUCAGCCUCGCCUGCCUCUCUGAGUACGCCCACACCCUCGACAGCCUCCCCAUCGACCUCUCCCGCUCCUACGGCGACCUGCGCGAGCUCGACGCCGUGCUCUCCUCCUCCAUGACCCUCCUCACCGCGAAGAUCAACGAGCUCAUAGGCAUGAUCGAGACCAAGACCGGCACGAACGACGACCGCCUCUACCUCCUCACCGAGAUCUCAGAGGAGGCCACCCGCCUCAAGCUCGGCGGCGAGGACAAGAUUCGCGUCGCAUGCCACGCCGCCGACGGGCUCCGUUCCCAUCGCACACACAUGCGAGCUCUUCUGGACCGCAUGCCCGACAGGGAGUUCUUGAAGAUCGCUGAGCAGCUCGGGAGGAAAACGGUGUACCCGCACGUAACGUCCAAGCAGUACUACCCGCCCGGCAUGACCGGCGAGGGCGGGCGUCGGAACCGACGGCAGGCUGGCGCGAACACAGCCUACGGCGGCUUGCUGCUGAAUGGCACAGACCCCAGUCCGGAGAAGAAGAAGAGGCGGGCGCCGAGGGACGACGACGUCGAUGUCACCAGGACGCCGAGCAAGAAGGAGCGUCUCGAGGGUGGUCCGGCCCCGAGGCAGAGGAACGGAGCGAGGAACAAAAAGGUCCCUGCCGCCGACAGGGCCGCGUCCCCCACCGAAUCUGUCGCUUCCCUCGCAUCGCACCUUCCCCAGCACUUCGUUGCCCAACCCAAUACUGUUGCUUCCAACCGCGCAGCCAGCAAUUCUGCCUCCAACAAACGCGCGCAGGAGGCCGCGGCCCGCCGCGAUGCCUACAGCGCUCAGCCUCCGUCCACAAGCCACCCAUCCUUGCCUCAGCCGUAUCUGUCGAACCAGACGGGUAUCAUACCGGAUCCACCUUCUACACGCGCGAUGAGUAAUGGGAUAGUCUCAGAGUGGCCGCACGGCCAACUCGAGGGCCCGGGGAUGCCCGUCGUGCGCAACACCUUCCCGCAGGUGCCGGCGGCGGAUGGGAACGACGGAACCAUGAGCGCGGGCGGCGAGCCUGACGGGGACGCAGAGGAUAACAAGACAUAUUGCUUCUGUGAGUCGGUGAGCUACGGCGAGAUGAUCGCGUGUGAUGACGAGGAUUGCGAGAGGGAGUGGUUCCACAUCGCGUGCGUUGGACUCACUGUCUUGCCUGCGGGCACGUGGUACUGCAGCAAGUGCCUCGAGAGGCGUCAAAACCAGAAGAAGUCCGGGAGGGGCGGGAAGAAGAGGUCCGCGGGCGGACGGUCCGCUGCUAGAAACCAUGCUGCAUGACGUAUUAUCGCAUGUCGUUUUCAUUAUAAUAUCGUAUGCGCCCCUGCUGGGAGUUUCGUGGAUCGGUCAUUUGUAUCACGACGUCUUGUGUACACUAAGUCUCUUCAGCAGCUGCUCUACUAAUACCAUCGCCUUCAUCC